AUGGUAUUUUCAUGGUGUCAGAAAUCUUAUGCAGAGGAAAUUUUUCAUUGGGAAGGAAUGUCGAAUUGUAAGCCUUUCCCAACUCCAGUUGACACCAAAGGUAAACUAAGCACUAAUUUUGGCUCUCCGUAUGACGAUUCCACGACCAAGUAUCGUCGUCUUGAUGAUGCUUUGCAGUACUCGACCUUUACCAGACCAGAUAUAUCUUAUGCAGUUCAACAAAUUUGCUUGUUCAUGCAUGAUCUUAAGGUCGAGAACAUGACUGCGUUGAAACGCAUACUUCACUACAUUCAAGAUGCCGAUUGGGGUGGAUGCCCGAAUACUAGACGAUCCACUUAUGGAUAUUGUGUAUUUUUUGGUGAUAAUUUGAUUUCUUGGUCAUCCAAACUCCAACCCACAUUGUCUAAAUCUAGUGUCGAAGCAGAAUACCGUGGGGUUGCAAAUGUGGUAUCUGAAUCUUGCUGGAUUCGGAAUUUUUUGCUCGAGCUGAGAUGUACUAUUACUAAAGCAACAUUCGUUUAUUGGGACAAUGUGAGUUCCAUUUAUGUUGAAAGUUCUAGUGAGAUCGAAAAGCAAGAAAAAGAGUGGAAAAUUUGUGUUUUGAUAUUUGUCCCACAUCGGUAA